AAAUUCGAAAAAAAUUGCAAAAAUCACCAUUUUUCACCUAUAAAUAGAGGAGCACCUUGCCCUUCCAUUCCACACCAGCAACACCAUUUUCUCUCUUGUUUCCUCCUCUCAUUCUUGUCUCAAAGUUCGUGAGAAUUAGCGAUAAUUUGGCAAAAUUAGUUUGAAUUAUUGCAAAAAAAUCCGAGCAAUUCCAAAAUCGUCAUCCUGCUGAUUUGCUAUCUUGAAGUUGAAGAAAUCUUGUGUCAUUCGACAUUGAUCAUGGAUGCCGGUGAUCAUGAUACAUCCAUAGAUCAUGAUUUUUUUCUCCAAGGACUCACAGGGGACUACGGCCCCUUUGAUACUAGUGCUGCAGGUGAUGAUGGACCCGACGGUGAACCUCCGGUUGGUUCACAUCCAGAUCCAGGUGAUGCAGCAGGAGUGCCAUCGUCAGGCUCUACAAGUGCGCACACAUUAGCAAGCAGCGGGUCUAAAAGAUCAAGAGCCGGUACUUCCGAUGUUUGGCAAGACUUUGAAAGGAUCUACAAAGAGAAAGAUGGGGUAAGUGUCAGGUAUGCUAAGUGUUAUAUUUGUAAAAAUGAAUUAUCUGCAAAGCCCUCGGGUGGAACGGGGCACUUGAAGAGGCACGCCAUAAGUUGCAAGCGAAAGAGUGGAGCAGCCAUGAAGCAGACGGUGUUGCAGUACAACCCCGACGGCUCUGUUCAUCAUUGGGAGUAUGACUCUGCCAAUGCUCGAAAAGAGCUAUGUCGCUUCAUUGCAAGAGCGGAUCUACCACUCAAUAUCGGUUCUUCAUCAAGAAGUUCAGACUCUUCGUCACGAUCGUCUACGGGCACCGGAAUUCCAACAUCCGGAGGGGAGCUAACUACCUUCAUCGACAGUGACGUUAUCAGCCACGAACAAGAAAACUUCAACAUACUGCAAUGGUGGCAUGAGCACAAGACGAAUUAUCCAGUUCUUUCACUGUUAGCGCGAGAUUUGUUAACGGUUCCUGUAUCUACAGUUUCUUCUGAGGCUGCCUUCAAUCUUACAGGAAGGAUAAUCGAAGAGAGAAGAACAAAUCUGUCAAGUGAGAUGGUUGAAAUACUCACCAUAGUAAAGGAUUGGGAACAAGCUGAAGCACGAAUGCAACACACUGCAGAAAAUACUGAGCUUGAAGAAUCAUUCCAAAAUUUGUAUCUAGAUGCUGAUGAGAACGUGUAAUUUUAAAUUUUCUGAGCUAGGUUGUACUCUUUUUUCCUUUGCUAGAAAGGUUUUUAAUGAGGCAACCUAUCAAUAAAGCUCAUUUUUAGAAUUAAUCAUGUGCCCCUAUUAUUUCUAAGUUUUUUUAUUCAUGUUUUUUGUUUAUUUUUUUAAAAUACCCCCCGCGGCCCCACCCCCACCUACCUCUCCUCUCAUCCCUAUAAAUACCAUCUACUCCAUCUCAAACUCCACCCUGCCCACCCAUCUCUCUUUUCCUAUUUGCUAGCCAAGUAGCCAGUAUUCACUUCACAUCAAGAAACUAAUUCCAUAUUUCAAUUCAUGGAUCAAGGCGCCGAGAACUCAGGUGUAUGGUCUCAAGUGUGGCAACAUUUUGAAAAGGUCUUCAAAGAAAUUAACGGGGAACAGGUAAGAUUUGCUAAGUGUAAUAUAUGCAGUAUAGAAAUAGGUGCCAGAUCUUCACAUGGAACGGGACACUUGAGGAAGCAUAUGAAAAAUUGCAAGCAAAAUUCUGGGGUUUCUAAUGAAACCAUGUAAUUUUCGGAGCAUAAUCAUUGGUUGUACUCUUUUUUCCUUCUAGUAGAAAGGUUUUUAACGAGGCAACCAAUCAAUAAAGAUGUUAUGUAUUUAUUUUCCA